UUCCUUCCUGCUGGCUCGGCCGCCUCUGCGGCUCCUCUCCGCCCCGGAGGCGGCGCCUUUCCAGCCCUCCCAGCCUCUCGGCCGCCGCUGCUGGCUGGCCCCGGCUGCGCCGUCCGGCCCUGGCUCGGCGGCUGGGCGAAGGGACCAUGAGCGCCUUGCGGGACGUCUCGCUGCAGGACCCGCGGCUCCGCUACGAGCUCAUCCAGCGCAUCGGCUCCGGCACUUACGGCGACGUUUACAAGGGGCGAGAUACAGAAACCGGAGAACUGGCAGCCAUUAAAAUUGUGAAAAUCGACCCAGGAGAUGACAUCGGAUCCAUUCAGCAAGAAAUCACUACCCUCAGGGAUUGUCGCCACCACAACGUUGUGAUGUAUUUUGGAAGCUACCUCAGGAAUGAUCGGCUGUGGAUUUGCAUGGAAUACUGUGGAGGGGGUUCCCUGCAGGAGAUCUAUCACAGUACUGGGCCUCUCUCUGAAAAACAGAUUGCCUAUGUCUGCAGAGAAACCCUCCAGGGACUUCACCACUUGCACACCAAAGGGAAAAUGCACCGAGACAUUAAGGGGGCCAACAUCCUGCUGACGACCAACGGCGACGUCAAACUGGCGGACUUCGGGGUUUCGGCAGAAUUGACCGCUUCAGUGGCCAAGCGAAAAUCGUUCAUCGGAACACCCUAUUGGAUGGCACCAGAGGUGGCCGCGGUGGAGAAGAAAGGCGGCUACAACCAGCUGUGCGACAUCUGGGCCCUGGGCAUUACUGCCAUUGAACUAGCCGAGCUGCAGCCCCCACUCUUUGACCUACAUCCCAUGAGGGCUCUGAUGUUGAUGUCGAAGAGCAACUUCCAGCCCCCCAAGCUGAAAGAUAAGGCGUGUUGGUCUCCUGAUUUUCACCAGUUCCUCAAACUCUCCUUGACCAAAAAUCCAAGAAAACGACCAGUGGCAGAAAAACUCUUGCAGCAUCCUUUCAUCUGCCAGCCUUUAGCCCGCGUUCUUGCCAUAGAAUUACUGGAUAAAGCCACAAACCCUGAAUUGGCUGCUACUGCCUUGGACGAUGGGGAUUUCGAGGCUUAUGACGUUUUCCCCGAUAAAAUCUGCUCGAGUAAGCCCCGUGGGCCGUCAGAAGGCACCCUGUCGGACAUCCAGCUUAAUCAGGUUAAAUUCGGCCCUCCGCUAAGGAAAGAAACCGAGCCGUGGGGCAACCCAACAGAAGAAGAGGAAGAGAAUUGGAUGGUGCUUGGAGACGGAGAGAGCUUGCUUCAGUCCGUCGAAGAGGCCCUGGAAGAGAGGAGUCUAACCAUCCGCCCAGCACGUCCUACGGAGCAGACCGAGGAAGAGCAGCAGACGGGCGGACUCGGGGAAGAUGUUUCCAGCACUAUCAAAAGGGGGCCCUUUUGGGAUUUUCUUAACCUGGAGCUCGCCUAUAAGGCUCCCUGGGAGCAGGACGGGGAGCGCUCGGAUCCGGAGGCGUCCAGGGACCAGACCGCCCCAGGCACAACGGCCUUCGGUGGGACGCCAGACGCUCCUGCGGUGGAUUCUCCCAAAUCGGCAGACAGCCUUCUCUCCACUGAGUGGGCCACCAUGAAAAAGAAGGAGGAAGCCACCAGGUUGCUCUGCCGUGGAUUGCCCCCUACACCCAAAGUUCAUAUGGGAGCUUGUUUUUCCAAAGUUUUCAAUGGCUGCCCGCUGAAGAUCAACUCAGCUACAACGUGGAUCCAUCCGGAAACACGAGAUUUGUAUCUGGUUGUGGGAGCAGAGGAAGGUAUAUACACCUUGAAUCUUCAUGAGCUCCAUGAAGACACAAUGGAGAAGCUCCUUCCCCACCGAUGCUCUUGGCUCUACUGUAUUAACAACACCCUCCUGGCUUUGGCAGGAAAGUCCCCCCAGAUCUCUUCGCACAACCUCUUGGGUCUCUUCGAACAACGUCGCCAGCUUCAAAAACGGCCGGUUCCUCUUUCCAUUGCCACCAACCGACUGACAGAGAGAAUCAUCCCCAGGAAGUUUGCUCUGUCAGCCAAAAUAGCAGAUACCAAAGGGUGCCUUAAGUGUCAAAUUGUCCGAAAUCCUUACUCAGGAAACACCUUCCUCUGUGCCGCACUGCCCUCCAGCCUGGCCCUCCUACAGUGGUACGAACCUUUGCAGAAAUUUAUGCUACUGAAGCACGUCCCCGUGCUGCUACCCGACCCCCUCUCCCUGUUUGAGCUGCUGGUCGUGGAGACGGAGGAAUACCCGCAAGUGUGCUUCGGCGUCACCGGCAGCGAUCAGCCAGGGGCCGAGCUGCACUUCAGCGUCCUCUCACUCAGCACCGGCCACACCACCUCCAGCCCUUCCAAACGUCCUCUCGUCCUGGCCAGCCACGUCACUCAGAUGGACCGAGACACUGUCCUUGUUUGUUUUGAACGCUGCGUCCGGGUCGUGAAUCUGCGGGGGACGCCUCAAGGAGUAUUUGCACCCGAGCUUGUUUUCAAUUUCCCCAUCGAAACCAUUGUGUGCCUUCAAGACAGUGUCUUGGCUUUCUGGAAACAUGGCAUGCAAGGCCGAAGCCUGGAAUCUAGCGAGGUGACCCAGGAGGUCACAGACGAAUCCAGGUUGUUCCGAGUCUUGGGUGCUCACAGGGACAUCAUCCUUGAGAGUACCCCAACAGACAAUCCAACGGCGCACAGCAACCUCUACAUCCUGACGGGUCACGAGAGCAGCUACUGAUGACUUCCUUCCGGCAGCCACUCAGAGGCCCUGCGUGUGCAGCAGAGCCUUCCUGGAGCUAGUUGCCGAUGUCGGCCAAUGGGCCGGCGUAGGAGAUGCUCAGGACGGGCGUUGACGGAGGACAGCUCCUGUGGUCCUGGAUCCUGGACUGACUGCUGGUUGGGCUCCAGAGGUUGUCUUGGUGCCUGGCGAGCACGGCUCCCCCCCCCAUAUUUGGGGGCCAACGUCUCUUGAGAUAAUUCUGCAAUAAUUCAACCGCUUGUCAGUCGGGAGAAACUCGCACCCAUUCCCGGCUGACACCUUGUGCCUGCUUGAAUGCUUCUUCCUUUCUCCCUCCCCCCCAUCCCCACAGCUCCUCUUUCUCUUCUUUUAAAAUGCUUAGGAGUCGUGCGCGGUGAUGGCGUGCAGACGCCGCAUCUUGGCACGGCCGACAGAGUGAAGACAAUCGUCUGCCACGGGUAUAGCAGGGCAGCUUCUUUCCUAAGCUUCAGCUUUAACGUCUUCAGGGCACUUUGAUGUUCUGGGCUGUUAUUUCGGAAUUAGGGGACGAUGUUUAUUUGCGGGGGGGCCAGUCGACUGGAAAAAUUUAGGGUCCUGCCCAGGACGAGCAGAACAGGAUGACUGUUACUGGAAUGAAUGUGAUAGUUUGACUCCGUGUGGUUGGUUGGUUGUGUGUCGGGAGGUAAGAGUAAUUGUGGUUUUCUGGUUUUGUUUCAUUUUUUUUCUUUUUAAUGACUUAUUUUGAAUGGCUAAAGGAGAUGCUAGGUGAGCAAUCCCAGUUUGGAAACCGGAUCAAUGGUUCUACAGAUGCCAACUCCCAGAAUUCCCAAAGGACGAUAGGCUGUGCUAGAAAAGACUUGAUCUACAUAUUCCGAGUUAUGGACGGCGGGGAACAAUUCAAUUUUAAGAACCCAGAUGUGGGUGAGCGCACCAUUUCCAAAGAUGCGGACUUCAAUUCCCAGAAUUCCCUAGCCCUCAUGACCGUUGCUGAGAAUUCUGGGAGCUGAAGGUCACGCUUCAGGUUUAUGGAUUUCAAUCCCCCUGCCAGAAUUCCCCAGCCACUAUAUCCAGAAUUCUGGAAGCGCAGCUCCAAGCAUCUGGACCAUUGGAUGUGCUGAGAAACCUUUCCUCGUAUCCUUGGUCGGCAGGUGUCUUUUAGUCCCACCCACCUGGAAAAUCUCAAGGGGAGGAAACAAAUUGUUAGUGGGUCUUAAAUACAGAAUUAACACUUGGUUGAAAAUAUUGUGGUUCUUGACUCACAACUGUAAUUGAGCCGGGAAUUAUGGUCACAAGUCAGACGAACUUCAGUUUGAUGGCUGUCUUAACUUCGAACGGGUCCAUGGCUCGUUCUGUGGCUGCCGUCGCUUCAAAUGGUUGUUAAAAUGGCUGGUUGUUAAGUGAGGAUUUUACCUCUAAUGCAAAUUCCCGGCAUUCUGUUUGGUUUUGUUUCUGUUUGGGUUGCUGGGCCUCGUAGUUUAGAAUUAUUCCAAGGUUGAGCGAUUUCUCGUUCCUCUUCUACGAAACCCCAAGAGUUGCGAUCCACCUUUCCACAAAACUGCAGUUCCCAAAGGUCUAGAGCAGGAGUGGCGAACGUUUUUGGCACCGAGUGCCGAAAAGGCCGCGCGGAAACAUUGCGUGCGCCCACUUGUCAGGACCGAGCUAUGGAAAAACCAAACUUCCAGGUUCUAGCGCGCACACGUGCCCAACGAUCAGCUGGCCGGUGCAUAUGCACACACCCGUUUUUGGCCCUGCCGUGCGCGUGAACAGUUGAUCAUAUCGCGCGCAUGCGUGCAGAAACCCAGAAGACAAACAAGCAAGGCCACGCGUGCCGGGCAACAUGGCUUUGUGUGCCACUUUUGGGCAUGCGUGCCAUCACGGCUCUCAAGCAGUCACCAGUUGUUCCACAUCUGGGACCAAAAGAUUAAAUGCAUGAAUCUGUGAAGUGAUGCUUGGUUUGUAAAGAGAGAGAGAAAAAACACCCCAAAAUAUUAGAUGUAGCCUGUGCUUGAAUGCGUACAUCCCACCGCUUUAAAAAAAAUAGCAGCCGUGGGAAGGAUCCCUCAUCGGGAAGAAAGUAUUUUCCUAUGGAGGAACUUUUCCCUAGGUGCCGAAUACAUUAAAAAAAACAACAACUUUGCCCAUUAUCUUUGUCCUGAAACCAUUUUUUUUGCAGGAGAAUCAUGCAGCCACCAGCUUCUCUCUGUGGAGAAAGAUGGCAUUCAGGAUAAAUUAGGGAGAAGAAAGAAAAGACACCCCCCCCUCCUUCAGAAAGCAGCGUGGUCUCCCCAUCCUUCCCUCAUCCUCCAGCUUCAAAGGCGAAAAGCAGCAUUUGGUUACCCCAAGAAGCAGCUAAAUGCCUGCAGUUGUGCAGGCCGCAAGGCCAGCCAGAUAGAUGUGCAAGUUGCAAACCGCGAAAUGGGUCUUGCUGCUUGAAUAACUGGGGGGGGGCAUUGUGGGUGGGUGGGUGAGGAGGAGUGGUGCCGUGGCCUAGCGGCGGAGCUCUCGCCUCACAAUCGGGAAGCUGUGAGUUCGAUCCUAGGUAGAGGGUUUUUCUUUCUGAGAAUAUAUCCGCUGAACAAAACUCCUCAUUGGCAACUGGAAAGCAUCCGGCCAUUAAACGCUCUGCUAGCUUUAUUUAGUUGCCCAGACUCCACCUUGCCAGGGUCGUUAAAAGAAAAUGAUGAUUGUGGAUGGGUGAGGCUGGUUCAGACAAGAUUUGAAGACUCGGGGGAGCAAUUUGGAGACGUGGGGGUGCCAGGAAUUAGUUGCCCAAAUUGAGAGAGAGGUACCUUUACGCAGCCCAAAUGAAGAUUACAAAAAAGGCUACUUUUAAGAGGUUGACAUUUCAAUCACAAAACAUUUUUGGCAGCUUUAAGAUGUGUGGACUUCAACACCCAGAAUUCCCCAGCCAGCCAGCCUGGCUGACUAGGGAAUUCUGGGAAUUGAAGUUCACACAUCUUAACAGCUGGCGAAGUUGAGGACCAUUGAUCGAAUCUGAGGUCACUGGGAAGUGACGAUUAUUUUUUGCAAACCCCCCGAAGCCCAGAACUAACUCUUUGAACAUCAGAAUCUCAAUCUUGGCUUGUUAGGUAGUAACCACAAUCCUCCUGAACUCGGAUGCUGUGGCUUUUCCUUUCCAGAAUGCUGCUCUUUCUCCACCCCCCCUUUUUUUUUCUCCUUGUGUUUUAUAACUGCUAAAGCUGGAAUGUUGUUGUCCUGAGAAAAAUCCAAACUUGAAAACAAAAGAGAGGAAGAAAAUAUAGCUAUUUAACAUAGAGAAGGAUAUUAAAUUGUGAUAUUUUACUCCCCGGUGGAAUGGCUUUGAUUUUUGUUAAAAAAAAAUAAAAAUAAAAGUAGAGGAUUCUUGCG